UCUGAUGAAGAUUGUUUUCAGGCUGUGGAGAAGCAACGAUUUAUUCUUGCAUGCUUCAGGUUAAAGAGUAGAAGUGAAAGUGAAAUUGAAGCAUUCAUAUCUUUCCGAUUUGUCGAAACAAAGGCAGUUGAAUCUUGGAGAACGAACAAACAUGGCUUUCCGUUUAGUGAUUAUAAUUUGGUUCAUUCUCGGAAUUUCUGUUAGCCAAGUGGUUUAUGGGGAGAAAUGCGGAGAUGUUUUUGACGAGUUACUCGCAUCUUGCUGUCCCGCAAAGUACCGCGAUGUCUGUUGUCCGUUUGCAAAACCGUGUAGCACUUCAGCAGUGACACCUACCCUUAGUAUGGUGACAUCAAGUCCAACGCAGAGAAGCGGGGGAAAACCGUUUUGUAUGAAACCUCAAAACUCGUCAGCUUGUGAGGCGGGAUUUUUCUUCAACAAACUUUCGAUGAAACCUGAACCCUGUCCUAAAGGCUUCUAUUGUCCCCAGGACCAAGUGUGUAUCAUACCAUGCCCAACGGGAGCAUACUGUGUUAGAGAUAAACUAGUUAACGCCACGAAAAAAUCGCCUCAGUUGUGCCGCGAGAGUGGAAAAUGCUGCAGUCCUUCCCAGUCCAUCCCUGUUUUUGAUCCUCGUGCAGCUUCGAAGUAUAUUUGCCCUGGAGCCCACCGUCCAGUUCCGUGUCCUCAAGGCAACUUUUGCCCAAACGUCACUAUCCAAAAGACAUGUCCAGGGGGGUAUUUUUGUCGGAAUGGAAGCGUGGAACCACAAAACUGUCCGAUUCUCUCCAUAUGCAAGAAAGGGUCUUCAGCUCCUGUUAGCGCUCCUGGUGGUGUUUUACUGAUUUUGGGAAUAUUAGUGGUCAUGCUGUUGCUUUUGUAUUGUUUCGACCACGAAGAACAAGUUAUGGAUCUGUUUGAAAGUUAUUUGACAAAGAGAUUCUCUGUAAAGCGGAGUUUUGGAAUGCAAGAGAGUAUCAGGAGGAACACUAUGGACAAAUAUCGAGAGGAGACGGAGCCCAAGACACAAACCAUCACUAUUCGCUAUGAAAACCUUAGCCUCUCUCUAAAAAAGGGAACUAGAUGGUCAUGCAAGCGAAUAAAGACAGAGAAGGCCCUUCUUCAGUGCGUGUCCGGUCAACUCUUACCUGGGGAAGUAACUGCAGUAAUGGGUCCUUCGGGAUCCGGCAAAACAACCUUUCUCAACACUCUGAGUGGAAAAGCUCAUUAUGGGAAACGUACUGGUAAUAUCUUUAUCAACGAUAACCCUGUGCAAGACUUGGGUGUUUUAAGAAACAUCACUGGAUUUGUUCCGCAGGAAGAUAUCAUGCACAGAAAACUAACAGUUAAGGAGGUUUUGAUUUAUCAAGCAAGUCUCAGGUUGCCGUCCUCGAUUUCCAAAGAGGAAAAGAAAAAAAAAGUCAAAGAGGUCUUGGAUCAACUUGAUUUAGCGCAAGUAAAGAAUACAAAGAUUGGAGACGAGGAAUCAAGAGGUAUUUCUGGAGGGGAAAGAAAACGUGUCAACAUAGGAAUGGAAUUAGUGACUGACCCGAAGUUGCUCUUUCUCGAUGAACCGACGAGCGGUCUGGACAGCACUUCGAGUUUGACGGUUGUGGAUGCGUUGAAGGCAAUAGCUGAAGAAAAGAAACUGACUAUUGUUUGCGUCAUUCAUCAGCCUAGAUACGAAAUAUUCAGCAAAUUUCACAAAGUUCUCUUUCUUGCGCCUGGUGGACAAACCGUCUUUGUAGGUAGUGUACCAGAAGCAGAAAAUUACUUUGAAAGGCUUGGAUUUGAAAAACCUGAUAAAGUGAACCCGGCGGAUUUUUAUAUGGAUGUCAUCGUCAGAUCAUGCAAGAGCACUGAUCAAUCAUCUAGUACUCUACCCGAGCGUUGGGAGCAGUACAUUGCCGAAAAUAACACGGGCACUGUAAAUGCAGACCGUGCUGAUGGGAGCCUGGCAGAUCCAGCUGCGAGAGACGAUGACAGAAUAGAGCAAGUGUCUUUCAGAUCUACUCUGGGACGACAAAAUAAAGAGAGAAAAAUGCCCAACUUCUUGAGUCAGUUCUUAACGUUUCUUCGUCGUGAAAUUCGGCUGCAGCUUCGUUUGUCACGAUCACUUCUUCUGGAUCAGUUCCUGGUUUUACUUGCUGGAGGUACCCUUGGGGCCCUGAGAAGAGAGGCUCCCCUUGACGAAUUCUUCACUCUCGUCACCCUCAGUUCCUUAGCAAUUGGUCUGACUGCUAUGUUAUCUGCGUUGAGAUGUUUUGGUAGCACCAGGACUAUUUUCUGGCGUGAAGCCGCAGCUGGUGUCAACAGGAUUAGCUACUUUGUGGCUGUUAAUGUCGCUCAGAUUCCAGUAAUCCUCAUCACUCCUGUUGUGUAUUUGAGCCUGCUGUACCCGCUGAUUGCACCGAGAGCCAAGUUCACAUUUCAUUAUACCGCUACACUUGGAGUUCAGUUCGCUUGUACUGGAGUGGGAUACUGCAUAUCCGUUAUCUUCAGCCCCAAAAACUCACAAAUGGCAUCCGUUACUUUUGCACUGAUUUCCUCUCUUGUGGCAGGCAGUUCUCCUACACUGUGUAAACUGGCACAAAGCACAUUUGGUAAAGUGAUCUACAGUCUAUCUUACUGCCGCUGGUACCUGGAGGCGCUAUUUGAAAAGGAGGCUAUUCGUUACCCAGACGUCAUGGGUCCCUAUGUGCAUCGGUUAUCGACAAGGAAUGGUUACACACUGGAUUACUACAACUCAUGUGUAGCAGUCUUGUUUGCCAUGGGGUUUGCCUAUCGAGUGCUUGCUUUGUUGCUUAUGUUGAUUACAAAUAGGGGAAAGCAAAAGUAGGCUAAAACGUGUUGUGAGAGAAGUUUGUUGGAAAGUAAAUUGUUAGAUUUUUAGCAUGGCUUUAAAUUGUAUUUCCCCUUUGUUUCCUAUAAUGUUGAACACAAAGACAGGAACUCAACAAAUGAUUCAACCUGUGCAAAAAAGAAUUUCUUGUUAGUUGAGAGUAUGUAUUUUUGUUUUCGUUAGCGAGCUCGAAGGUACUGUACAUGUUUGAUAUGUCUCUUGCCAAGUGUCUCACUUCAAGGUCGCCCCCGUCAGUUCAAAAAUCAGUAUCCCAGGAAUGCAUAAACCCAUGGAUAUUUAGGCAAACUCAAAAAUGCCAAGUUUCAAAGCAGCGUAUAGGAAUUUAACGCUGUCAAAACGUUCCUCAUUAGAUGAUUGAUACCAAGUCACUCUAAACAAAGUAUUACUCUCAGUUAACUUUUGUUGUGGUGGCAUAUAACUUUAUGAUAGAAUUGAAGUUAACUUUGAUUCGGCUUCUUGAUCGGUAUAAAAAACGUUUUCACGCGUAUGAUUUUAACUCUUCACGUUGCCUUUAUUGUUCUCCAUGCCUUAGAUAAGGGCCUAAUUAAUACUUUUUGUGCUGUAUAGUAAACAUAGAGCCUUGAUUAAUCAGUGAGUCAGUUCGUGUCAAAUAAAAUUGUGUAGCUUU